AAAACUGGCAUUAUCGUCCGAGAAGCCGGAGUAGCAGCGUGGUAGCUGAAUUUCAGCCGCUGUUUUUAACGAGUAGUGGCGCGCGAGCGCGAGGGUUAGGAAAGAGACAGGAGCCCCGAAAAAUAGUAAGAGAGCUAGAGAAAGAGAAAAGAGAGAUCGACACGUAAAGAGAAACCGGAACAGAAGCAAAAGGACAAAAUAGGUGUCGGUUGGUGGAGGUGGAGGAAGGAAAAGAGACAAACAGAAGAGAGAAUCGGGAAAAGUGUCCAGAGAGGUUACAAAUAUAUAGAUAGAGAGAAAACGUAGAAGAAAACUUCAGGGUGAACGAGGACGAGAGUCGCGGACAAACAUCACACGAAGAUUUUUUAUUUCAACUGUAAUACGACGGAGAGAAAAGCAAUAUAAAAAAAGAAACAUAGAUUUCUACGCGAAGGGAAAACGUGCUUUGUUUCGUUUAGUUUUUCUUAUUAAUUAUUUUUGGGUUACGUUUGCGAAUUUCAUACAUAGAUAUACUAAUAUACAUAUUCCAUGUAUAUAUAUAUCUUGUAUAUCUCUCCGUUUCGUUCAAUGGCCGUAAAAGUUAUGCGCUACGUCGCGGGUAAGGGCCCCUAGCUGGCUAGUUACGUCGACGUUUUGCAAAGUCUCGCUCCACGGCUGUACCUUUUUUUCAUCCUUUUUUUUUAAUUAUUAUUGUUGUUAUUGUCUCUCUUUACACACGGGAAAUUGUACAUUAUAGCCAACGAGGUGUCUCGGUCGGGCUACCGAGGCUCCGUACCUCGGUCUUUCGUAUUAAAUCCUUUUGUUUUUUUUUUCGUUUUUUUGAAUAAAUAUAUAAGUUAUAAAAGAAAGUUAAUCGUGCUAAGAUGACCAUAAUAGUCUUUCUUAUCGACACAUCCGCAUCCAUGAAUCAGAGAGCCUAUCUCGGCGGUCGACCAACACUCCUGGACGUUGCUAAAAGUGCCGUCGAAACUUUCGUCAAGGUCAGACAAAGAUCUCCAGAAAGUCGAGGUGAUCGCUACAUGCUUCUAACCUUCGAGGAUCCUCCUCAGAAUAUCAAGGCAGGAUGGAAAGAAAAUUUGGCAACUUUUAUGAAUGAACUCAAGAAUCUGCAAUGCGUCGGCUUAACGACUCUGGGAGCGGCUCUGAAAAAUGCCUUAGAUGUUUUGAAUCUGAACCGCAUGCAGACAGGCAUCGACACGUAUGGCCAAGGAAGAUGUCCUUUUUAUCUCGAGCCCUCUGUCAUUGUUCUUAUCACCGACGGUGGGAAGUAUACGACCAAUAGCGGAGUGCAUCAAGACUUCACUCUACCAAUGCAUUCACCCAUUCCUGGUUCCGAAUUAACCAAAGAACCCUUCAGAUGGGAUCAACGACUUUUUUCACUAGUUUUGAGAUUAUCGGGGACACCCGCGAUCGAUCGGGAUACCGGACUCGUAGCUAGCGACGCGUCUCCUAUUGACGCUAUGUGUGAAGUUACGGGAGGACGCUCGUACUGUAUAACGUCACACAGAAUGAUGAUGCAGUGUAUAGAUUCUUUGGUACAAAAGGUACAAUCUGGUGUUGUAAUAAAUUUUGAAAAAAUUGGACCGGAUCCGCCGCCUUUGGCAAACGAUGGAGUGCCUGUGACAACGACAGCGAUGACGACGUCGACGACGACAACGACGACGACGACGACGACAACGGCCACAGGGAUCACGACGAUGCACACCGAGGAUGAGGAAAACGAAGAUGAAAUGAAUAUGUCGAAUAGUCUAAUGGGCGGCAAUAAUACGACUAAUGGACCAUCAAGAAUCCAACAACAACAACAACAACAACAAUAUCCUCCCAAUUCAACGAAUUCGAUAAACUCAAUGACAAUCACCUUGACCGGAAACGCGGCCUGGCACUCGUGUCGACGAUUAAUAUACGUGCCGCGUUCUGCUCAAAAAGGUUUCGCCGUCGGAUUUUGGCCGAUCCCGGAAAGUUUUUGGCCAGAUUUGAGCGCGACUUCUUUACCACCAAGAUCAGCGCAUCCGAACGUCAAAUUCACUUGUACAAGUCAGGAGCCGAUGGUCAUUGAAAAUUUGCCGUUCGACAAGUACGAGCUCGAACCGAGUCCGCUCACCCAAUUUAUCCUUGCAAGAAAACAACCCACCGUUUGUUGGCAAGUAUUCGUCGCGAAUUCGUACAAAUCGAGCGAGGUUGGACAUCCCUUUGGUUAUCUCAAAGCAAGCACCAAUUUAACUUGCGUCAAUUUAUUCGUGAUGCCGUACAAUUAUCCUGUACUGUUGCCACUUCUCGAGGAACUCUUCAAAAUUCACCGGCUCAAACCUACCAAUGAGUGGCGCACGCAAUUCCAAAAUUAUAUGCGCACCAUGCCAACGUACUACGCAGCGUCUUUGAGAAGAGCUCUGACAAGAAUGGGGGCAUCGACGCCACUCGCGCAAACUCUUAUACCCGAUAAUAUGGACAAUUCGUUGUCCUACAGCGUAUUGAAUUAUCUCAAGAGAUUGAAAAACACAGCUAAAGUAGAAUUCGAUCGUUUGUGCAAUGACGUUAUUUCGAAACAAGUUGCGAAUGCCAGCGCGAUAAAGGCUCUCUCGAACGGUAAUUCGACGGCAAUCACCGAGGGUGUCCGGGUCGUACCGAGAACGCCGUUAAAAAAAGAUUUGGUUUCCCAUCCUUUGUUGCAAGAUAAGUUUACGGGACUCAGGGAUCAAUUGAACGAGUUUGGGGGCUUUGUCGUUGGCCUUGUGCGCAAUCAACAACAACAGCGUGGUGCUCAGAGUUACCGGAACGCUUUUGACGUACCGAGAAAAUCACUUCUCGAUCAGGUUGUUAGAAUGAGAGCCAAUUUUUUACAAAGCGGCUUGUCGCAUACGAAAUUACUCGACGACGAUUACGUACACUCGAUGCCCGUGGCACAGAUGGGCAAUUAUCAGGAAUAUCUCAAGCGGAUGACACCGCCAUUGAGGGAAAUCGAAAGCACACCCGUCAGACAGCACAUGUUCGGAAAUCCCUUCAAAAUCGACAAACGAAUGAUGGUAGACGAAGCGGACAUAGAUAUAGUCGGCUCGACCUCGUCGUCUUCCUCGUCGUCAAACUCGUCCGCAGGCUCGUUAUCGGCUAAAGGCGGACUUAAGCGUACCUUGGCCUCUGCGGAUGGUAGCGCGGUGGGGGGCGGUACACCAAGAGCCCCACCGAACAAAAGGAAACCUGGCCCGAUACCUCGGGAUUUUGUUUUACGAAGACCCUCUUACUCGCCAAUCGUGAGAUCGCCCUCCGUGUCGCCAGUUCCGUGGCACGUUAAUGACAUGAAAAACUCUUUCACCGGCGGCAACCUCGACGUCAAUAUUCCAUCUUAUUCGACGAAUUUAUCGUCGACCGCGCACAUACCAAAUUCGCUGCCAUCGUCUCCCGAAAAAAUGGUCAACGGUCUUGGAGAAUUUUCGCCGACGAUGCCAGUUUUCGAUCCUAUUCCCGUCGAUAUCAACAACGAAAAUUCAACGACGAUUCCCGGGCCUUUGUUGGCGUCCUCACCCGGGGCUCCUCCUGCCGCUACCCCUGUCGCCGCUGCACCUUCCACCUUUGUUGAAAAUAUCAUUGGCUCCGCUUUCACACCCGCAAUACCAAACAGUCUCGCCGAUAGCGCGAAAAUUAGCACACUUAACAAUGAGCGUAAACAAUCCGCCGAUAUCGCUCCUAAGCUCGAACCUGCCAACAAAAUCUUCAAUAACGAUUGUGCAACCGAUAGUGAUAUCGAUAGUUUGAACACCGAGAUUCCUGCCGUUAACGAACGCUUGACCAAUCACGUUUCUGAUAAUGAGAAAAACGAUGCUAAACCCGAAAAGGAGAGACAGCCGACGAAGAAAGAAUUGGAGGAAAUUAGGAGACACAAUUUGUCGAUCAGAGAACUCGUUUACAAAGAAGUUCGAAGAAGGGGCACAAAUCACGGGACCCUGUUUUCGCAUCUUCACCAAAUUCAAGGUACCUUGGAUAUACGACUGUCAUUUGUACGCGACGUCGUUAAAGAAUCGCUACGAUUUAAGCGCCGCAAUUUGGCCAAAUUGUUGGAAGAAUAUUUGCAAUCUGUUCAGGACGAUGGAUGGCUCGUCGUUAAUCACAACAAAGUUAAUCACAAUGGUGCCACUACGUUAAGUUAAGACUUUCGGUGCUUUAGAAAGCGGGGCAUUCGAUAGAUCAAUGAAAUGAGAGAGAGAGAGAGAGAGAGAGGGAGAGAGAAAAAAAAGUUGUAACAAAGCAAGGCAGAGAGGGGAGGAAUUACAAUAAGGACGAACGAUGUCGGUUCUGAAAUUGCGACUAUAGCCAAUAUGUGGAGAGCUGGGAAUUAUAUUUUUAAAAGUUCAUCACGAAGGACUCAUACGUUGCCUUUUUUCUUAUUUUAAAUACAUUUCGACCUCAAUUGUUAAAAAAAUUAUUAUUAUUUCAAACGAAUGAUAAUUUGGCAGUAGGAGAGUCGUCGAUUGAGACUCACGAUUGUCAUCUGGAAGGGAGGAAAUGAGACAAAUAAUCAUUAUACGAAUGUAAACACUGGCAUUGAGUUAUUAUAUUGUGUGAAAUCAGUCCUAGAUUAGCAUCGUGUUGCUUCCUGAGAAUUGAACACUUUUUUUUUUUAUUCAAUUUCAUUUUUAUUUUCAUUCACUCCGCUUCAUUUCCUGCCACAAGGAAGACAUGAUUGGAAAAGAAAACAUUGGACAUAUCACUUCGAGGAUUUUGAAUUUAAAAAUUAAGGAGAUUAGAAGCAAACAAACCAGCAAAAAUUAUAAAGAAGAAUGAGGAUUAAUUGAUUUAUAUACUAAGUCUGUUAGUGCGAGAUGAAAAAAAAAAAAACAUCCGGGAAUUCCCGCGGAACUGUGGCCUUUUAAGAAAAUUAAAAAAUAGUGCGUGUAUAUACAUAUAUAUAUAUAAAUGAUGUACAUUUAGACUUGAUCAUUGUUCACGAGACGUCGAUAGGUCUGUUGAUUUUCCAAAUAGUCUCCGUUUAACCUAAAUACAUCACUGAAAAUUAUGUCUCCUGUAUUUAAUAGUGGACUUCAUAGAUUUAAUCGUACAGCAUUAUUUUUCAAACGAAAAAGUAUUUAUCGUCGUCGUUUAUACAAUUAAAUUUUUUUUCUGCCAAUUAUUAUGGGCCACCAUAAAAUUUUUCUACAACAUUAACGGAACAAUGCGCAUAAAAAAUUUUCGUAAAUUUUUUGACACAAAUAAAAAUAUCUGCUUGUUGUGUACGUGAAGAAAGUUUUCAUGAAUUUCGAAGAAUUUCUAUCGGUUUCUGUGAUAUUCAAUUUAUUGCGAUCAUUAUUAUAUAUAGCCAGUGGUUAGGAUUAAAAUAUGCAAAUUCCGCGAGUCAUUAAUCGAAAAGUAAUCCGAAUAAUUCGUAUCUAAUUUUUCCCCAUUCCCUGUUUUUUCCGGUCUCUUAAAUCCACUGACGAAAAUUAUUAUCAUUUUUCUGCUUUUUUUCCAUUCCCUACCUGGAGUUGCGUAAUUUGCAAACAUAAUAUGGCGUUACGAAAGUAUUAUGGAUAGGAAAUAUUUCCGUAAUAGAUUAGAACGGCGAGAAGGAAAAAAAUCAUUUGAAAUCCGAGUACCACGUAACUUUUGUAUAUAAUGUAAAUAAAGAUGAUUAUUAUUUAUCAA